AUGAAGAACAUUCUUCCAUUGUUGAAGAAACGUGGCUGUGUCGGGAAAUUACCAGCACAAUAUCUCCCAAAUCCGGACCUAGGGUUUCUCUGCCAAUUGAAGCCAUGCUCUGAUAAUGGAACCAACUGUUGCAACUCAAAUGACCUUCAACCUCCUAAAGGUCUAUGUCUUGAAAAACUUGGAAACAGUUCCUAUGUCCACAUGGCUCCACACCCUGAUGGCUCAAACCGAGUUUUUGUGUGCAACCAACAAGGUAAGAUAUGGUUAGCCAUGGUUCCUGAAGUGAAUGGUGGUUCCACUUUCACCCAAAGUUUACUGAUAGACGAAUCAGACCCUUUUCUUGAUUUAAGUGAUCAAGUGCAAUUCGCAACAGAAAUGGGACUCAUGAGCAUGGCAUUCCAUCCAAACUUCACCACUAAUGGCAGAUUCUUUGUUGCUUAUAACUGUGAUAAGUUUCAACAACCUGGAUGUGAAGGCAGAUGUUCAUGUAAUACAGAUGUAAAUUGUGAUCCUUCAAAAGUCACAUCUCUUCAAGAAACUUCCCCUUGCCAGUUUCACAUUGUAGUUUCAGAGUUCACUACAAAUGGCACAACCGCUUCUUCAAAACUUUCAUGGAAGGGGCGUGUGAAUUCAGUUGAAGUGAGAAGGAUUUUCACAAUGGGGCUUCCAUUCGAAGCAUAUCAUGCUGGGCAGAUUCUGUUUGGCCCUGAUGAUGGAUUUUUGUAUUUCAUGAUUGGUGAUGCUUCACAUGAUAAUGAUCCAUACAAUUUUGCACAAAACAAAAAAUCAUUACUUGGAAAGAUACUGAGGCUCAACAUCGACAUCAUCCCAAGUGAAGAAGAAAUAAGUAGGCUUGGUUUAUGGGGAAACUAUUCAAUACCAAAAGACAAUCCAUACACCACCACGGAUAAACAACUUGGGCCUGAAAUUUGGGCCAUGGGUUUUAGUAACCCGUGGAGGUGCAGUUUUGAUUCAGAAAGAGCUUCUGUUUUCAUAUGUGGAGACAUUGGGAAGAAUCAAUACGAAGAGAUUGAUGUAAUCAAGAAAGGCGGGAAUUACGGGUGGCGUGUUUACGAGGGUCCGGAUCCAGUACAUGUACCCUAUGCUCCUGGAGGGUACACCCCACCAAGCUCCAUAACUCCAGUAUUUCCUGUAGCAGGAUAUGGUCAUGAUAGUGUUGAUACAAAGAAAGGUCCUGCUUCAAUUAUGGCUGGCUAUAUUUACCGUUCUGCCACUGAUCCAUGCUUGUAUGGCUGGUAUAUAUACUCGGAUUUAUAUAAUUAUGCUAUAUGGGCAGCUAUUGAAACGGGUAAAAACAGUGAGAGUUUCAAGAGUUUUAGUGUUGCUUUUGGGUGUGCACAUGACUCACCCAUGGAAUGUGGGUUCAAGCCAGGGGUGCACCAGGUUCCUGAUUUGGGGUAUGUGGUGUCAUUUAGUGAAGAUAAUAAUAAAGAUGUGUAUCUGUUGACAACUAGUGGUGUGUAUAGAGUUGCAGCCCCGAGUCGAUGUGGCUACCCUUGCUCCAAGGAAAGAUAUUCGAAUUUGACGAAAAUGCCCUCGUCUGGAACGUUAUUGUUAAUGGCUGCAGAUUUAGUGGCAUCUUUCGUCUCUCUUAUGCUGUUUGUUUUGUUAUUGAUUUCUUGAUGGAAAACAAGAUAUUUUGUUUAAUUUAUGCAAAUAUGUUGACGUGUACCAAAUUGAUCUUUAAUCGGAAAGCAUAGACGGUAUUUUAGUUGUUC